AUGGGCAUCUAUGCUUUGCGUGCCUCUUCCGGCACUCUUGGAGGCCCGGGCACAGCGCGUGGCGGAUGCGGGCCUGCCUCCUCAGCACCGGGCCCGGAAAGGUCGGCCAGGACAGCCCUCUCCCAAAGCGAGCCAUUUGCGAGGGAGGGGCCAGUCGGCACGGAGGAGGUCGAAGAGCAGAUCGCCACGCUGAUAAGGCAGAACGCCGAAGACCCGGCGCGUGUGCGAAAGGGCCUCACAUCACUUCGGCGCAAGGCCUUCUUCGCGCAUCCACAGGAUGCCCGCACGGCGAUCAGAAGCUUGGGGGAGGCCUCUUUCUGGGAAGAGGCCUUGGCCCUGCUUUGUGUGAAGUGGCAUGCGCGCUUCGUCCCGACUGGCCGGCUGUUCAGUGAAGCUAUUGGCAUCCUUCCUGUGGACCAGUGGCCCCUGGCCCUUGCUAUCCUCGAGGAGGCCAAAGGAAAUGCCUCGACUUGGGAUGUGGAGGUUCUCAACACCGCCAUGAAUCUAUGCAGCACCGCCGGGCAGCGGGAUGUGUCCUUGGCACUGUUCCAUUCCCUUCACGGGCUGUCACUGGCUCCAAAUGUCUGCACCUUCAACGCUGCCAUGAAUACCUAUUUCGCAGAUGGGCGAUGGGACGAAGCGCUUCGUCUUCUCAAGGACAUGUGGGAUGCAUUCCUCAUGCCCGACAUCGUCAGCUACAACACCGCCAUCUACGCCUGCAGCGACGCGCGGCGUGGAGGAUGGGAGAGAGCGUUGUCUCUCCUCAGAGAGGCCUGGGUGGAAGGGCUGCCCUGCUCCAUGACCACCUACGCGGGGGUCAUAUUGACUUGCACGAGAAGCAUGCAGUGGCAGCGGGCGCUCCAGCUGCUAAAAGAUGCGCGAACUGCGAUGCUCUCGCCGGACGUGCCAACCCACACUGCCACGAUUGCCGCUUGCGGGCAGGCGUCAAAGUGGGAGCAGUCCCUUGUUCUUUUCACGGAUAUGGCGGGUCAUAAGACCUGGCCGGACACGACCACCUUUAACGAAGUCAUCUCCUCCUGUGGGAAAGGCUUGCAGUGGAGAAGGGUUCUUGGACUGCUCAUGCACAUGGAGAUGGACCAGGUGGACAGCAACGCCGUGACUCACCGGGCUGUGGUGGAUGCUUACAAGAGGGCCUCAUUGUGGGAGCGUGUGCUCAGCGCCCUGGGGGAGAUGGAGUCUUUCUCGGGAGGGCCUGACGUCGUCGGCCGGACCUCUGCAAUUGCUGCUUGUGGAAGCAGUCGGCAGUGGCAGAUGGCACUGCUGCUAUUGGAAGAUCUCGUCUUCGAAGGGCUUGCCGACUCUUAUGCCCACUGCGCGGGUGUGGCCGCCUGUGCUCGCGCACGGCGCUGGCAUCAGGCUCUGUUGCUGCUUCAGCAAUCCCAGACGCUGUCCCUGGCAAGCGAUCAGGGCUUCAACGCUGCUAUGAAUUCCUGCAGUCGCCCUGGUCAGUGGCCCAUUGCGAUCCAUCUUCUCUCGGCCAUGCAAGCUCAUCGCGCAGCAAGAGAUGUGUUUAGUUUCACCGCUGCUUGCAGCAGCUGCUCGAGUGGCCAGCAGUGGCAGCGGAUCUUGCAAACUUUGCAGGAUGCUGAUCGCGGUGGGGUCGAGAUUGACGCUGGCCUGGCGGAUGUUGCGCUUGCUGCCCAGCUCCAAAACGGGGCAUGGCCGCGGGCGCUGUGGACACUCUGCCGCCCCGAAAACCCCUGGCAUCUGUCUGGGGACACGUAUGCCGAAGCUUUGGCCCAAGCGGAAGAAGCUGCGGACGCAGCCCGAGGGCUACCCUGGCUGAAAAAAGCACAAGGUAGCCUGAGCCGCUGCUUGAAGCAAGAGAGCAGCAUGAGCUCCAGUGUGCAGCUCCAGUCUGUUGUCUUGGCCGAACUCCUCCAAGCGCACGGCCAUCUCAAAAAUGGAGACCGCCAUGUGCUACGACGAGUUUUGCUGGAACCGCUCCUAUGGCGCCUCACAGACCUUCAGGAUCCGGCGCCGCUCGAGGAGCCUCACAGGCGCAUGCCCCGGGCUGCCCUCGUCUUAAGGUAUGGUCGAAAAUGGGCGAAGCCGAACAGAGACAAGCGCCACGGAUGGGCCAUCACAGAAGGUCGCCAGGUGCAGCGGAUCACCAGGGCGGCACAGUGGAAACGAGAGUUCCUCCGAGAGUCCACUGCCACAUCGAGCCGAACCAUCCUACCCGGACUGCACGAGUUGUUUCCGAGCCGCGUCUUCAACCUUGGGGCGGACACGCAUGACGCACUGUCACAGGUGGGAAUGAGCAGCAGGGUGUGCUGGCAUCUCAGGGCCCAAAGACUGGCUCGAGGACAGCUGACUGCUGCGGCAGCCUCGACCCGGCGCCUACCAGUUGGCAAGGAGUUGCUGGCAGUGCUGUCCGUGUCUUUGGGUACGAAUCGCGGGAGCACUAUGCAGCUCAUAGGUUGGGGCCUGCGGGAGCGGGAUGCCUUCGAGGAGGAACUGCCCGGGCUCUGCUCCCGCGCGACAGCUGCGCACUGUGAGCGCAAUGCUCUCCACCUGGCCUUGAAAGAGCUGAAGAUGGCAUCCCAAAUCACACCGCUGCAGCCGUCCGUGACCAACGAGUGGGACACUGCGGACCAGCUCGGCGGCGCAAUUCCACCUGACACUCAGCGCUCCAGCAGCUUGGACGUCGCCGGUGCCUCUUCACCUGCAGAUCUUGUGAAUGGCAAGAAUCCGUCUUUGGAGAUUGAGGAGAACCUUGGCGGCCAGAGGUCGGAGGGGCUUCCAACAGGGGAGCCCUCAGAAUCGGCCGAGCAAGUAAAGGAGGCUGCAGGGCACGAAGACGGCCAGCCCGCGAAUUCUGGCGAGGUUUUCCAGUCGCUCUCGCCUAGACGCUUCAUCCGGGAUGAAUGCCUGGAGCGGGUCCAGAACUUCUGCGAUCAGGCGCAGGAGGAAGCGAUGGAGGCGCUCUCCGUUGCUCGGAAAGUCACUCCAGGUGACGAUGCCCGGAAGUGGCUGAAGGUGGCUGAGGACGCCCUGAGGUCGCCACCGCGGAGGCAGAGGCGGCCCGCUUCAAGGCAAACGGCCAUCGAGUCUCGCGCCCUGGGCCAGCGGGCCGGGCAGGCUGCUUCCGCGCUGUUGGCCGUGCAGAAAGCACUGUCUGCAGGCCCAAACGAGGCGAUCGAAGCAGCGGAGCGCGCGCUUGGGGAUCUUUUUGUUUGGCGCUGCCAGCAAAGCAGCCCACUCAGAUCCCGGAGCGGUUUCAAGCACGCCGUGCAGCAGGCCUUGAGCGGGCAGCGGCUCACAUCAAAGCACUGGGCGAGAUUCUUCUACAUCCACAAGCAGGUGGUGGUUCGGCAGCUCCCCGAAAUAGACUUCAAG